AUUGUGAACGUGUCACGAUUAGUUGGUGUGGAUAACCCUGUGGAGCUGAUCUAUUUUGUGGAGGACCAAGAUGGAGAGAGACUCAGUGCUCUGAAGUGCUCAGACCUAAUGAACAGAGUUGAUAUCCAGCGGGCUGCAAUCAUCCUUGGAUACCGCAUUGAAGGCACCGUUGCGCAGCCGGUGGAGAAGCUGAAGGAGUCCACCUCAGAGUCACAGAAUAGCAACCUGUGGAUUAUUGUUGGUGUAGCAGUUCCAGUUGCUGUGGUGCUCCUGAUCGUUAUUAUUUUAUACUGGAAACUUUGUCGAACAGACAAACUGGAGUUUCAGCCGGACACAAUGAGCAACAUUCAGCAGCGACAGAAGCUACAAGCCCCCAGUGUGAAAGGCUUUGAUUUUGCUAAGCAACAUCUGGGCCAGCACAAUAAAGAUGAUGUCCUGAUUAUCCAUGAGCCAGCUCCUUUACCAGGACCUAUUAAGGACACUACUCCAUCUGAAAAUGGAGAUGUGCCCAGCCCCAAAUCCAAGACUUCCUCAAAGCCUUCAAAGACUGUUCGACACAGAGGGAGAAUUUCACCAUCAGAUGCUGACUCCACAGCAAGUGAACAAUCCAGUGAGAGAGAGACAGGAGAAGAAACUGCAAGACCAACUGUUACAAAUGAGGGCAAACCACACAGAGCAGCAAAGAAGGGACCUCCUCAGACCAGCAGUGGAAACGAGCAACACUCCUCAGCCUCUAUCUUCGAACAUGUGGACAGGAUGUCACGUUCCUCAGAUGCCAGCAGACGGGUCCCAAGCAAGAUCCAGCUGAUUGCCAUGCAACCGAUGGCAGCGCCUCCGGUUCAGAACUCGGUGCUUUCUGAUCGAGUAGCAGAGACCAACAAAAUUAAUAAAGAGAUACAAACAGCCUUGAGGCAUAAAUCUGAGAUUGAGCAUCACCGCAAUAAGAUUCGUCUGCGCGCCAAACGCAAAGGGCACUAUGAAUUUCCAGUGGUGGAUGAUGUGGUGGUGGUUGACUCCAAAGAACAGCACAGAAUAUAUCGCAAGGCACAGAUGCAGAUUGACAAGAUCUUGGACCCUGGAGGCAGUGUGCCUACUGUCUUCAUAGAGCCCAGGAAGAGUUCUCGUGCAAAACGUUCUCCCAAGCAGCGCCGGCGACAUCAGAUAAAUGGUAGUCCGAUUGAUGCAGAGAAGGACAGGUUAAUCACAACUGACAGUGACGGAACAUACAAAAGGCCUCCAGGAGUCAAUAAUUCUGCAUAUAUUUCUGAUCCAGACUUGCCUCCUGAACCUCAGACAUCAUCUUCAGCUGAUCUGGGGAAGUUCCCUGGCUUGCCUUCCCACCCAGUCUCCCAGUAUGUCCCACCUCAGCCAUCCAUUGAAGAGGCUCGGCAAACCAUGCACUCGCUGCUGGACGAUGCUUUUGCGCUGGUGGCCCCCAGCAGCCAAGCAGCCAAUUCCACGGCCGUCACGCCACCCGGGGUCUCUGCAGGACAGCCGAGGUACGUGGAGUUUGGAAUGACUCCGCCAACAGCACCAGGUCUCCUACCAAGACAGAACUUUGGGCCAGGUUUUCUUCAACCUGCAGAGUUAAUGCACCCAGACCAGCAGCCACCUGAGGUUCAAUAUUCCUCCAGAGGGAUAUACUCAGAGGAAAUGCCAUCAGUGGCACGGCCUCGACCAGUUGGAAGCACUGCAGGUUCUCAGAUACAGCACCUCACUCAGGUGGGAAUUGCUAGCAGGAUCGGAGGUCAACAAGUGGAGAUCCCCUCAGGCAGAGCAGGGCAUGGCCAGCCGGGGGGGCCAGGGUGGCCCCAGUACCGUGGAGAGGAUGAAUAUGCUAGGCGAGAUGCAACGCAUAUGCAUGGACACCAAGAAUAUUCCUCCUCACCAGUAUUCCAGAUGCCGAGGACUUCAGCCAGGCAGCCUUCGGCACCCCCUGCUCAGCUUCCACACAACAGCCUUCAGGGCCAGGGCCUUUGCUACACCACCAGUUCCACUGAAGACCUCCAGCCAGGUCACUCUUCAGCCUCUCUUAUCAAAGCAAUUAGAGAAGAACUUCUACGACUUUCUCAGAAACAGACACCAGUGCAGAACUUCCAUAGUUGAUUUAGCAUUCCCUUGCAAAUCUACCAGGUAUCUGCUUCCUAUGGAAGCAAAGACUUAGAGGAAAUCAGCAAUGUUGUUCUCUCAAAAGAAUGAACUUUCACAGCUCUGUUGACAACACUCUGGAAAAAUUGAAAAAGGCAGCAAAAUGAGGAUAGUAAGGAGAGACGGGGAUCAAACAGGGAAAAUCAGUGUCAUCACAAAUAAUACUAAUUAAUCUGCUAAUAUUAAGGUGCUCCUCUUCUCUCCCUACCCUCAUUCGACGUAACAUAUAAAUAAAACUUUAGGUCAAGAACUCAUCGCUCCAGCAACAAA